CCGCCUGAAGGCAGGAAGAGAGAAGAGACAGAAGGGGAAGAGAGGCAAAGGGGGAUGGGCUUAUUGCUUUCAUUUAACGUUAACAAAAUGCAGAAAUGAGAAGUUAAGGUGGACGGACAAACUAGGAGAUUUCUAAAGACAAAAGUAUAAAGUAGGUAAAGGAUUACACACAAUCAUGGCUCCUUGGAUGAAAACCACAAGAGAGCGGUAUGGUGUAGUAAAGUGGAACUUUGUUGGCCAAAAUGAGAAGCACCUUUCCCUGGAGGUGGGCGAAACUGUCCACAUCCAAGAGGUUUGCGAAGGUUGGUACAGAGGCUUCUUGUCUAGGAACAAAGCGCAACAGGGAAUGUUUCCAGUCAGUUUUGUUCAAGUUAAGGAAAUCAUAAUUGAAAAACGAGGAGAUGAGGAAGUGGUGUUGUCUGCAGAGAUGCCCUUGGUGAAGGAGGUGACCACUACGUUGAGGGAGUGGGGAAGCAUAUGGAAGCAGCUAUUUGUGGCCAAUAAAGAGGCACGUGUCAAACAGGUCCAGAGGCUGAUGUGGGAACUGAUGGAGUGGCGUUCUCAGCUCCUGUCUGGCACCCUGCCUAGUGAUGAAUUCAAGGAGCUAAAGCAGAAAGUUACUUCCAAGAUUGACUAUGGCAACAAGAUCCUUGAAUUGGACCAGGUUGUUCGAGAUGACGACGGGAACAUCUUGGACCCAGAGCGAGCCAACGUCAUCAGUCUAUUUCGGGCCCAUGAGGAGGCCACAGCCAAGAUCAAUGAACGCAUCAAAGAGGAGCAGUCCAACAUCCAGACAGACCACAGCGGGAUCUCAGCACGGAUCCAGUCCUCCCCCACCCACAGCCUCUACGUCUUUGUGAGGAACUUUGUCUGUCGCAUUGGAGAGGACUCCGAGCUCUUCAUGUCCCUCUAUGAUCCCAAUAAGCAAACCAUCAUCAGUGAGAACUACUUAGUACGCUGGGGCAGCAAAGGUUUUCCUAAAGAGAUUGACAUGCUCAACAACCUGAAGGUUGUCUUUACAGACUUGGGAAACAAAGACCUGAGCAGAGAGAAGAUUUAUUUGAUCUGUCAGAUUGUAAGAGUAGGCAGGAUGGACCUGAAAGAAGCAAACAACAAGAAGUUUACUCAGGGCCUGAGGAGGCCUUUUGGGGUUGCAGUGAUGGACAUCAGUGAUAUCAUCAAAGGGAAGUUUGAAUGCGAUGAAGAGAAGCAGUAUUUCAUCCCCUUUUUCCCGGUAGUUGCAGAAAAUGACUUUCUCCACACCUUACUGAACAAAGUGACAACAUCACGAGGAGACAGUGGUGGCCAAGGGCUGUGGGUCACCAUGAAGGCUCUGGUGGGGGACAUUGUGCAGAUUCGGAAGGAAUACCCUCACCUCGUGGACCGCAGCACCGUGGUAGCCCGGAAGCUUGGCUUCCCAGAGAUCAUUAUGCCUGGAGAUGUUCGCAAUGACAUCUACCUCACCUUACAGGGCGGAGACUUCGACAAAUACAACAAGACAACCCAGAAAAACGUGGAGGUCAUCAUGUGGGUCUGUGAUGAGGAGGGCAAAGUCAUACAGAACUCCAUCUGUCUGGGAGCAGGGGAUAAGGCAGUCAGUGAGUACAGAUCUGUCAUCUACUACCAAGUCAAACAGCCCCGCUGGAUGGAGACAUUUAAGGUGGCAGUCCCCCUGGAAGAAAUGCACAGAAUUCAUUUACGCUUUAUGUUCAGACAUCGCUCUUCCCAGGAGUCCAAGGAUAAGAGUGAGAAGAACUUCGCUAUGGCUUUUGUGCGUCUAAUGAAGGAUGAUGGGACUGUUCUGCAGGAUGGACUGCAUGAACUUGUGGUCUUCAAGGGUGACAGCAAGCGCAUGGAAGACGUGAACUCCUACUUGUCUUUGCCCUCAACCCGCAACCAUCACAGUGACCCCCACAAGAUGUCCACACUGAGCCGCAGCUCAAGCAGCGUGUCUGGGGGAGGAGGAGGCCUGUCUGUGAGCUCUAGAGACAGCUUCACCAUCUCCACCCUGGUCUGCUCCACUAAACUCACCCAAAACGUGGGGCUUUUGGGUCUGCUCAAGUGGAGGACUCGACCUGAGCUCCUCAAAGAAAACUUGGAGAAGCUAAAAAUCAUUGAUGGAGAGGAGGUGGUCAAGUUUCUGCAGGACACUCUGGAUGCCUUGUUCAACAUUAUGAUGGAACACUCUCAGACUGAUGACUAUGACAUUCUUGUGUUUGAUGCCUUGAUACACAUCAUCGGGCUCAUCGCUGACAGAAAAUUCCAGCACUUCAACACAGUGCUGGAGGCCUACAUCAAGCAACAUUUCAGUGCUACGCUGGCUUACAAAAAGCUGAUGUCGGUGUUAAAGAGGUAUCUAGAUGUGUCCAGUCGAGGAGAACAGUGUGAGCCCAUACUCCGAACCCUCAAAGCCCUCGAGUAUAUCUUCAAGUUUAUUGUUCGUUCACGCAUGCUCUACUCGCAGCUGUACGAGGGGAAGGAGCAGGAAGAGUUUGAGGAGUCGCUGAGGAGGCUUUUUGAGUCAAUCAACAAUCUGAUGAGAACAGACUACACCACCACACUGUUGCUCAGGGUUGCUGCUCUGAAGUACCUGCCAACAGUCCUGCAAGAUGUGGAGAAAGUAUUUGAUGCCAAGCUUCUCAGUCAGUUGCUGCAUGACUUUUACUCCUGCAUUCCUCCUGAGAAACUCCAGAAACAGAAGGUGGCCUCUAUGACUGAAAUUGUCAGCAGCCAGCUCUUCCAGAGACAAGAAUGCCGUGAUGUGUUGUUACCCCUGAUGUUGCGGGAGCUGAGUGGGGCACUGGUCACAAUGGCUGACGGCCCACACGAUGAGAGGAAAAACAGUUUGGAGCUCCUCAACAACAUCCUCGAGGUCCUCAGCAGGAACAAUGUGGGGGACACCUUCCAACAUAUCCAAGACAUUGUAGUAUCUCUGCUACGGGUCAUCAACCAGACAGUCAUCACCAUGGGUCGAGAGCACGCUCUGAUUUCGAGGGUUGUUGCCUGCAUGACAGCUAUUCUAAGUCAGAUGGAUGAUCGACACUAUUCUACAUACAUCGAAACCUUCAGUGGAACUACUGAUCUAGUGGACUUCCUAAUGGAGUCCUUCCUCCUUUUCAAGGACUUGAUUGGGAAACAUGUGUAUCCGUCUGACUGGAUGGCCAUGAUCAUGGUACAGAACAGGGUGUUCCUAAGAGCCAUCAAUACAUAUGCUGACACUAUGAAAGAAAAGUUCCUUAAUAACGAUGACUUUGAAGUCCAGUUGUGGAAUAACUACUUCCACUUGGCAGUUGCGUUUAUUACCCAGGAGUCCCUGCAGCUUCAACAUUUCUCACCAACCAAGAGGAACAAGAUUCUGGCCAAAUAUGGAGAUAUGAGAAGGCUUAUUGGCUUUGCAAUCCGUGACAUCUGGUAUAAACUAGGCAGUCAUAAAAUCUGUUUCAUCCCCGGCAUGGUGGGUCCCAUCCUGGAGAUGACUUUGAUCCCUGAGGAAGAGCUGAGAAGGGCCACUAUUCCCAUCUUCUUUGACAUGAUCACCUGUGAACAUGCACGUUUUGGAAACUUCAGCAAGUUUGAGAAUGAGAUCAUUCUGAAGUUGGACCAUGAGGUGGAGGGUGGUGGAGGAGAUGAACGCUACAUGCAGCUACUGGAGAGCAUAUUGCUGGACUGUGCUGCUGAGAAACCCACGCUGAGGCCACAGGUGCAGCACUUUGUCUCCUUGGUGAAGGGGCUCCUCAUUCGUCUCCUUGACUACCGCACCGUGAUGAGCGAUGACAGCCGCAACAACCGCAUGAGCUGCACAGUCAAUCUUCUGAACUUUUACAAGGACAUCAAUCGUGAAGCGAUGUAUAUCAGGUACCUUUACAAGUUGAGGGACCUUCACCUGGAGUGUGAAAACUACACAGAGGCGGCGUACACACUGCUGCUCCACUCUCGUCUGCUCAAGUGGUCAGAUGACAUGUGCAGUCAGUUUGAGUUCCACGGCUCCCAAACGCAGCGACAGCUCAAAGAAACUCUCUACGACACAAUCAUUGACUACUUUGACAAGGGCAAGAUGUGGGAAGAGGCCAUCACUCUGUGUAAGGAACUUGCAGAGCAGUACGAAAAUGAGAUCUUUGACUACGAGCUGCUCAGCAAGAGACUGGAAAAACAAGCCAAGUUCUAUGAAAAUAUUAUGAAGAUCUUGAGGCCUAAACCAGACUACUUUGCAGUGGGCUACUAUGGACAGGGCUACCCUCCAUUCCUCAGGAACAAGGUGUUUAUCCACCGUGGUAAGGAGUAUGAGCGCAGAGAGGACUUCCAGAACCAGCUGAUGAGCCAGUUCCCCAGCGCCGUGCGUCUCAACACAACCACCAUGCCAGGGGAUGAUAUCAAGAACUCUCCACUUCAGUAUAUCCAGUGUUUUACAGUGCAGCCAGUCCUCGAAAUCCCUCCUCGCCUGAAGAACAAACCCGUUCCUGACCAGAUCAUCAACUUCUAUAAGUCCAACUAUGUGCAGCGCUUUCACUAUUCCAGACCUGUGAGGAAAGGACCCGUGGACCCAAACAAUGAGUUUGCUUCCAUGUGGAUUGAGCGCACAACCUUUACCACUGUCUAUAAGCUGCCUGGGAUCCUGCGCUGGUUUGAGGCAACUGACAUGAAGCAUACUACCUUGUCUCCUUUGGAGAAUGCCAUAGAGACCAUGGAGUCAACAAAUGAGAAGAUUUUAACGAUGAUUAACCAAUACCAGUCUGACUGGAGCCUUCCUAUCAACCCUCUCUCCAUGCUGCUCAACGGCAUCGUUGACCCAGCUGUCAUGGGUGGCUUUGCAAAAUAUGAAAAGGCCUUCUUUACUGAAGAGUACACCCAGCAUCACCAGGAGGACAGAGAGAAGCUGGUUCGCCUCAAGGACCUCAUCGCAUGGCAGAUCCCAUUAUUAGGUGGAGGAAUCUCCCUCCAUGGGAAGAGAGUGACAGAGGACUUGCGUCCUUUCCAUGAGCGCAUGGAGGAGUGUUUCAAACAGCUGAAAAAGAAAGUGGAGAAGGAGUACGGAGUGAGAGAGUUGCCGGACUUGGAUGAGAGAAAGUCUACUCGUCCACGCUCCAUGCUGCGAUCAUUUCGUCAGUCCGUCAUCUCGAUUUCCUCACUGCAGGGAUCCGAGUGUGGGACGCCAACCAAGACACAUGCAGACAGGGACAAUCCUCCUGAGUCUCCAAUCUCCUGGAGCUCUGCCACCCUGCCACGCUCCAGUGGCAGUGUUAGUAUAGGUGAGGAGGGGAGCAUGAUGACAGUGGGUGAUGCAGAGGUCAAAAUGAGGAAGAGUAAGAAGAAAAAGAAAAGGAGCAGCAUGAUCUUCAUCACAGAGGAAAGAGAACGGACCAGUACACUGGAAUGCAAACGGCUGUCCAAGAAACAGGAGUUCCGCAGUGACACCAACUUGUCUGAGCCAAAUGAAGUAAAUGUGGCGCUGACCAAUGCCAACUCAAGAUCGCUGCCUGCCAUCACAGGCCUGUCCUUGUCAGUGGCAGGAGGGGCUGAGGAGGUGGAGUCCUCCAGAGCCAGGAGGGACAGUAAGAGCAUGUCGGUGUGUGCAACCUCUGACCGAACAGCAGACAGACGCUCAAAGGGUGUCAUCAACCUGUUAUUCAAGUCCAAGAGCUCCAGAGCAGAGGAAGUGAAGCCCAGUGAUGCACCCAAAGAAAGAGAUAGCCAUUUUUGAAAUGUAUUAUUUUCAUUUCUUGUCUUCUUUACUUAUUUGUACUAUGCUUUUUUUUAAAACCAAAGACCUGUAGCUAAAUCCACAAUUAUACACUGACUCACACAGUCUACUUGUCUGUCUCAAUGUUGCUGUUGCCUUAAUAUAAUUGAUUUUACCUAUCAGUAAAGGCUAUUUUUGUUGUGUGACCUUUUUCCUGGCAAUUUAAGUGAUUCCCAGUGAAGCUAAAUGCCAUCUUACAGCUUUUCAAUCAAUUCUGCUUCUACAAGAAUGAGCAAACACAAACCAUCCCUCCGACACACUUGAUUAAAAGCUUCUCAUUAUACGGCUUUCAGCAUUGUUGACACUGAAGUUAAUGAGAAAAUAAUAAUUCUAUAAAGCACAAAGGUUACUGUGUCCUCCCAAAGGACUUUAAACUGGAACUUGUUGCCACGAGGCUUUGGCACUGAUACAACAAAUAUUAAAGUCUAAUAAACUCAAAUAGAGUCAACAAACUGUGAAACUCAUUGUACAACAUCAAAGCUGUGUGUACCCCAAUGUUGAGUUUGUGUUUCUGUAUGAAUUCUGUUGGGAGUUACUUUCUGCAUGAUUUGGUCACAAUUUUUUAUACCUUUCGUUAAAAUAUAAAAAUAAAUGUUUAAGUGUAUUUACAGUUUGGAAUUUGCUUUGGUUUUUUUGCAUCACCGGUUUUCACGAAGAGUUCUACCUAAGGAAUACUUUAGGUGCCGGCUAAAUACCAAGUUUUAUAAAUGUUAGAGUCGCUUCUACUCUUUACGGUAAAAAGAGUUCAUCUUGGCUUUAGCUUCAUAAAUGAACAGCUUUUUAAUUUAAGAGAGAUUUGACUGUAAAACAAAUGAAGCCAAUGCUUGAGUGCCAACAACUGUAGUUCUUCGAAUGACCACUUGGGGCAGGCUUUAAAAGUCAGUACCCAUAGACUCUCAUGCUAAAAUGGUCAUAUUUCAGAUUGGAAAUAAACAUGAUUAUAGCGUCUUAUGAAAGGCUGUUUUAGACCCUGUCCACACCUGCAAGAGUAUUUUGGCAAAUGAAGCCUUUUCCAUGCAUCUUGGCUUUUUGUAGAUAUGUAAACAUGGUUUUAAGUUGGUCAUGGUUUAUGCAAAUAUAGGAAGGUUUUUGGUUUCAGGAUUGUUUCCUUGUACCGCUUCCUCAGUUAGGUUACUGUUUGUAGUUUUCUGAUUUAUGUCUAGUUUACUUGAUCUUCUGUGUAUACCAGUAUUUAUUCUAGCAUUAUGAGUUUCUUGAUAUUUUAGAUUCUAGUUUUAGUCAGUAUAUUUACAGUUAUUGUUAUUGGAUUCUUUAUAUUUUGAUUUAUUAGUCUUACCUUCCCUUUGUCAUCCUCUUUCUUGUCAAGUCUUAUUCUGAUUCCCUGUUUAGUGGCGUCCUGGUUUAUUUUGAUUGUCAUUUAUUUCUAGUGUCUUGUUUUUUGCAGUUUUUAUUAGAUGUCAUUAGCCUACAAGUCUACAGUGAAGGAGACCGUUGAUUGGUCAAAAGUCUAGCCAUCAUUGUAUCGUUGUGUAUAUAUAGGCCUGCCACCACCCUUUGUCAGACUAUUUGUGUAUCUUUUAUCUUGUGUUCCUCAUGUUUUCCUACUACUUUUGCAUUUCUUUCUUGCUAUUCUGAAAAUCUUGCGAAUACGACAACUCAAGAAGUAAGGCCGCUAGAAUUUUCAAAGUUAUACCAUAAGUGCAUGUACUAAAAAUCUAAGAGGAGUUCAAAUUCUGUUGACCUUGACACCAAGGUCAGAGGUCAAGUUUUCUUAAAAUUUUGUGAAUGCAACAACUAGAGAACGAGGCGACAUUUCACACCAUAGGUGUAACAACUAGGAGGCAGGGGGAUAACACUGGUGGCUGCCAGUUUUUUUAGAGUCUGCAUUUUGGGUUGUAAUUCAGAAUACAUGACAAGGUCAUUGAGAACAUCUUCCAGGGUAGAUGUUUGCAGAGACUCGGCUUCUGUGUUUACAUGUGGAAAAUGGAGAGGUUGUCUUGUAUCAUCAAAGAUUCACUGUAUUGCAUAAAUCAAUGCAAUGAUAUCAUGUUGGCAACAUCCAUCUCUAAUGUACUAUAAGCAGCAGGGGACCUAAGAGAUGCAAACUUUGCUGGAAGGCACUUUUCAAAGUUAACGUUGAGUAAUUUGUAGUCCAUAUUGAUAUUCCAAGACACCAAUCCAGGUGUUCCCCAAAGAAUUUGUUCUCUGAGCUAGAGAGAGCAUGGAUAAUGAAUGAACAGCCCCAGAUCAUCCAUUCAGCUGGGGCAGUGCGUGUACAGCAUCCAGGUUCUGAAGAACUGUACUGGCCCAGAGGAAGAAAACAUAACAACAUGCACCUAGGGUGGUGAGCAGAUUUCCUCUGUUCUCCUACAGCAGAGAAAAACAAAACACUACAGCCUUCAGGCCUGUUGUAGCUUCGCUUUUUAAUUUCUUUAACCCCUGGGAUCUGCCUAACGUACUCUGAAACAACACAACUAAACCCUUCAAAAUCCUGACAGAUUAUGAGUAAGUGAAGUCAGGAGGGAGCGCAAGUCUUCCUUUCUUCGUUGGCUGUAGUGACAUUUUAAUGAAAACAUUAAGAUUAAUUGUUAAAGGUGCAGACAGACAGGGCAGCUGCAUUUAAUGAAUAGAAAUUAGUGGUAAUUGUAGUCCUAAAUAAA